UUCAUGCUUGACGUGCCUCUAAACCAUCGUCCCCUUUUUGGGGGGAAUGACAGGUGUUUGAUGUGAUUGAGGAUUUCAUGUUACUGGAUGCCAUGGAGACCGACAUGAAGGGCCAGGAGCUUCUGAACCAGACGGUAGCCAAGGCCUCAGCCCCGCCCGUGAUUGACCCCGAGGCCAUUAUUGCCGUGCCUGGCAUGGGCUUCUUGCCGCAGUGGUUCGUCCGACAGUUCGAGAGCCUGUCCGAUCAACUUAAAAUCGAUGAAUUGUUCCGGAAUGACACUUGGCGUCGCAACAAGGCCAAUUGCGACAUUGUAUCCCAAUUGUUCGAGAGCGGGAUCGUGCCCAUCCCAUCCGAAGUGAAUAGCUGGUGUCCACCCUUGUACGAUAAUGCAAGCUGCUUCCCAGCCACUCCGGUGGGACAAGUCAUGGUCAUUCCUUGCAUGUCAGAAUACUCCGGAGUCCCAUACGACACGUCAGGCAAUGCCUCAAGAAGUUGUUCCAUAUUUGGGGAAUGGGAAGAGAGGACCAACUACAACAAUUGUCAGGCCAUCGCGUAUCCGGUCCCACCCUUGGUAUCCACAGAUUAUUCGAGUACCAUAUAUCUCUUCGGAUAUAUCCUAUCAUUCGCCGCCCUGUCAUUCGCUAUCGUCAUCUAUUUCACGUAUCGGGAACUCUGGUGCCUCCGAAACAAGUUGCACUUGAAUCUCUUCUUGGUUUAUUGGUUCUCUAUCUUUAGUUGGAUGUGUCAAGCCCUUGCUCAGAAUUUCUUCCUGGAGCAUCCUCCCCUGAUUUGUUGCACUCUCGUUGCUCUACGAUACUUCCAUUUGACCACAUUCUUUUGGAUGUUUGUUGAGGGCCUGUACUUAUGGAUCAAAGUGAGCAUGCCACUACAGACGUACACCAUCAAAUUGAGGCACUACAUCUGCUUGGGCUGGAUCACGCCCUUGAUCAUCGUGGUCACUUGGACCACGGUCACAUUCCUCACCAUUGAGUCGGAAAACGCCACCAGGACAGACAAUUCGUCCCUUUCGGCGGGUUCCACGUGGAAAGGACACGACCCGUACAUGCUCAGCUGUCCCAUUGUGGAUACGGAUUGGCAGUUGGAUUGGAGCUACAACAUUUUCCUGCUGCUCCUUCUCCUGGGAAACUGUUUUUUCCUUUUUUCAAUCAUGAUGAUUGUUAUUGCCAAAGUCAGGAAUGACCCAACGAACUCGGAAGGAAAUCUUCACAACUACAGAAGCACCAAGGCCCUUUUGGUUCUCUCAGCACUCCUUGGAGUUGGUUACAUAGUGACCAUGGCUCCACCGACCACAGAUAUUCAUGGCUACCGAGUGUUCCAAUAUCUUCGAGCCAUCUUACUCUCUCUGCAAGGAUUCAUAAUCACGAUUCCGUAUUGCUUUAUCAAUUGGAGGGUCAAGAAUCUCAUCCGAGAGAGCAUCAAACGCAUGAAAGAAGAGAGGCAGUUCCAAAAAGAAACCAUCGCCCGGUCCUCCAGGAAUUCCAUCAGUCUUGGAAUGUUCCACUCCACCACAAAUGCCAACAGCACAAGAUUCAGCACUGCCACUGCCACAACUACCCUGAGUCAGUCAACGGUACCAAAGAUACAAUCUGACACCAGACCCAUGCAACCUAUUGUGCCCAAUCAGAUCAGGACAGGACUUUGUGCUCCAGUAGUGCAACAUCAGAACGGAACAUCGCCCCGCGACGUCUAUGCAACAAUCCACGAGACCACAAGUCUGGUCGAGGACAAGCUAAAAGGCGACCCAAGCCACAAGGAUGUGACCCUGUGAUUGUAGAAAUGUGAACCAAAGCAAUCUUUAGCUUGGCCACUCGUUUUGUUGCAUUCUGUUUUAUGUUCAUUCGAAUGAAUCUGAAUGAGCAAGUGGGCAGUACUGAUUUCAUUGAUAUUCAUCAAAAUGAACAAAUGAAGUUUUUGAAGUGUAAUCCGUUCAUUGUGUUAUUUGUGUAAAUCGUACCUAGAUGCGCAAAAGAAUGGAACAAAGGUCCCAGGAUAUUCUGGACUUUUGUACAUUGAUCGGCAUUAUUUGUCAAAAGAUGCACUCGCUAAGAAACUUCUGUAAGUGUAAUUAACAGUUACAACUUCCAAAAGGGGAUUAUUACGCCUUCAUUGAUAGGGAACAAUUGUACAAACAUAGUUGAUGAAAAUGCACAUGUAAAUCUAUGGACAUCUACAACAAUUGUUACUUAAAGCAAUACAUUCAUAUCCCUCUUUUUAGACAUGUAUUGCGCGAGCCAAUUUCGCAUUCGUUUUUUUGGCUCUGUUGGAGCCCCCCUAUGAGUAAAAUUAUUAGCUGAGUGUUAUGUUUCUCCAUGUGUGAAAGUAUGGCUUCUUCAAACGUCCAAUGUACUAAAUUUGCAAUCGAAACACAGACUAAUAAAACGAAAUAUAUUGUACCUCA